CUCGAUAGCUUCUCCUCAUUCCAAUUCUUGCAAACGGAUACCCUGCAAGCUUCGACCGUCACGAUGAUGACCACAGGCAUGAUCGGAGAAGAUGGCAUUCAUGUCGACAUGGAUCAUCUCAAGAAGGGUGAAGUCAAGUACGAAAUACCAUAAGCAUGGCAAUCAACUUCAAGGACGGCGUAAUAUUAGGCGCAGACAGCAGAACAACUACGGGCGCAUACAUCGCAAAUCGAGUCACCGACAAGCUCACACAAGUCCACGACACGAUCUGGUGCUGCAGAUCUGGCUCAGCGGCGGACACACAGGCUGUUGCUGACAUUGUUCACUACCAUCUGGGAAUGUACGGCAUCACAAACGACGAGCCUCCGACGACACAGACUGCCGCAGCCAUCUUCCAGGAGCUGUGUUACUCGAACAAGGACCAGUUAUCUGCGGGAAUGAUCAUUGCUGGGUGGGAUCAGCGACAUGGCGGCCAGGUCUACUCGAUUCCUCUUGGAGGAUCCCUACACAAGCAGUCGUACGCAAUCGGCGGUUCGGGCUCCACAUACAUCUACGGUUACUGCGACGCCAACUGGAAGGAAGGCAUGAGUGAGGAGGACGGCAUCAGCUUCGUCAAGGGUGCGUUGGCAGAGGCCAUCAAGUGGGACGGUAGCUCUGGAGGUGUGAUCCGCAUGGUGGUGCUUACAGCCAAGGGCGCCCAGCGACACUUGUAUCUGCCGGACCAGAAGUACGAUGGGCCUGGCAAGCAGUAGAUGUGGAGGCAGCAUGCUGUCAGGGAAGUGUGAUGAGGAUAUUCUAGCACAAGACUUGCAGCGGUGCUCUGGCAGAAGCGAGCUUGGUGAUGAAUAACAAGCAAGCAUGAAUAAAUGCACAGCUUAACAGAGCAAGGCCUGCCCACAUGCUGGUCGCAACCAAGCCCGCUGUGCUUUCCUUGUCGGGACCUCAAGACUUAGUUUCGUGCUAGCAGCUGUUAGAUACAUGACUUGAG